AUGGAAGCAAACUUUAUUACCAUUUCUGACAAUCAAACCCGUAUGUGGUUUCCGGUUUAUGAGGGGGAGAGAACUAUAGCUAGUAAAAAUGACUUGUUGGGCAAGUUCAGUUUAUGGGGAAUUCCUCCUGCACCUCGAGGUGUUGGUAAGGUAAAAAUAUGUUUUGAUUUGGAUGCCAAUGGUAUAUUGAAUGUAUCUGCCAUGGGGAACCAAAAACAAAUUACAAUUAGAAAUGACAAGGGGAGAUUUUCUAAGGCUGAGAUUGAUAGAUUGGUUCAAGAGGCUUUGUUAUACAAAUCAGAAGAUGAUGAACACAGGAAGAAGGUGGUGGCAAGGAACUCCUUUGAGCAUUACACAUACGACAUGAGGAACACAAUGGAUUCUCUUGGAGAAAAGAUAGAAUCAGAUGAUAAGAAGAAGAUUAUGGAUGCAGUUAAUGACGCCAUUCAGUGGUUGGAUAGCAAUGAACUCACGGAUGUAGGCGUUACAAAGGACAAAAUGAAGGUAUUACAGAAUAUAUGCAACCCUAUCAUAGCUAAGUUGAACCAACAGGGCGGUACUGAUAAUGGUUCUUCCGCAAGAGCUAGCAAUGCUGCACAAAAAUUCUGGAAAAUCCCGGAAAUCUUGAUAUCUUUUCAUUUCUUCAGAUCACAUUUUAUGCCUUGA